AUGAGGCUACAGACUGGCUCCUGGCGUUGGAUUAUGCUCAUUCUCUUUGCUUGGGGGACCUUGUUCUUUUACAGAGGUGGACACUUGGUACAAGACAAUGAUCAUCCUGAUCACUGUAGCCAAGAACUUUCUAAGAUACUGGCAAAGCUUGAACGCUUAAAACAACAGAAUGAAGACUUGAGGCAGAUGGCAGAGUUUCUCAGGACACCAGAAGAUCCCAUGGACCAGGGACCGGCUGCCAGAAGGGUGCGUGCUUUAGAAGAACAGCUUUUAAAAGCCAAAGAAGAGAUAGAAAAUCACAAGAAGCAAACCAGAGGUGUAGGUCUAGGGAAGAAUUAUGAAAUAUUGAGGAGGAAGAUUGAAAAUGGAGCUAAGGAGCUCUGGUUUUUUCUCCAGAGCGAAUUGAAGAAAUUGAAAAAUUUAGAAGGAAGUGACCUCAAAAGACAUGUGGAUGAAUUUCUAUUUGACUUGGGUCAUCAGGAAAGGUCAAUAAUGACAGAUCUGUACUACCUCAGUCAAGCAGAUGGAGCUGGUGAUUGGAGAGAAAAAGAAGUCAAAAGCCUGACAGAACUAGUCCAGAGGAGAAUGACAUAUCUUCAGAAUCCCAAGAAUUGCAGAAAAGCCAAGAAGCUGGUAUGUAAUAUCAACAAAAACUGUGGCUAUGGCUGUCAACUCCACCAUGUUAUCUAUUGCUUCAUGGUUGCAUAUGGCACUCAAAGAACUCUCAUUCUGGAAUCCCGUAAGUGGCGCUAUGUUACUGAUGGAUGGGAAACUGUAUUUAGACCUAUAAGUGAAACAUGCACAAAUAGAGCAGGCAGUACUACUAGAGAGUGGUCAGGUGAGAUAAAUGACAAAAAUAUUCAGGUGGUAAACCUUCCCAUUGUUGACAUCCUUCGUCCACGGCCACCUUAUUUACCACUGGCUAUUCCAGAAGACCUUGCAGAUCGACUAAUGCAGAUCCAUGGAGAUCCUCCUGUGUGGUGGGUUUCCCAGUUUGUCAAAUACUUAAUCCGUCCACAGCCUUGGUUAGAAAAGAAAAUUGAAGAGGUCACCAAAAAGCUUGGUUUCAAGCAUCCAGUUAUCGGAGUUCAUGUUAGACGUACAGACAAAGUGAGCACAGAAGCCGCAUUCCAUCCCAUUGAGGAAUAUAUGGUACAUGUUGAAGAGCAUUUCCAGCUUCUUGAACGCAGAAUACAUGUGGACAAAAAAAGAGUUUAUCUGGCCACAGAUGAUCCUUCUUUAUUGAAAACGGCAAAGUCCAAGUACCCAAAUUAUGAAUUUAUCAGUGAUAACUCCAUAUCCUGGUCAGCUCAACUACACGGUCGAUAUACAUUCAAUUCCCUACAAGGUGUAAUUUUGGAUAUACACUUUCUAUCACAGGCAGAUUUCCUAGUCUGUACAUUUUCAUCUCAUGUCUGUCGCGUUGCUUAUGAAAUCAUGCAGACGCUACAUCCGGAUGCCUCUGCCUACUUCCAUUCUUUAGAUGACAUUUACUAUUUUGGGGGCCAGAAUGCCCACAACCAGAUUGCUAUUUAUCCUCACCAACCACGAAAUGCUAAUGAAAUCUCUAUGGACCCUGGAGAUGUCAUUGGUGUGGUUGGAAACCACUGGGAUGGCUAUUCUAAAGGUGUCAAUAAGAAACUAGGGAAAACAGGCUUGUACCCUUCCUAUAAAGUGAAAGAGAAAAUAGAGACAGUCAAGUACCCCACAUACCCGGAAGCUGAGAAAUAA